GGAAGGAAAGCUGCGCCAGAGCAAAAUUCAAAAGAUAAAAGAGGCCAACAUAUCAUGCACUUCGGCUGGAAAACCCUUCAAAUUUCUACCAUUUUCAGAAGGAGCUGUGGAAGACAGAUUUAAAGGCAAGACUGCAGAAAUCAAUGGGAACGUUUUGAAGACAGCCCCCCAAAUUAGGAAAGCAAGCCGAAGUAAACCCUAUCAUCUUCAGCAAGCUGGACAUCAUAGAGUCACCCUGCUCAAGACCUUCAACAAGAUGUAGCAGACAGCCAGCGGCGGACCAAAUGCUGACCACACAUCAUGCACGAGUUGCCGGCGAUGCAGUGCCGAUUGGUCGCGUUCGUCAUGCUCCUGAUCGUCGGUGGACACAGCGCCGUCAGCCCAGCCUGCGAGUGCAUCCACUUCACGAGCACUUUUGGCAAGACAUCGGGUACUUUUAAAAGCCCCGACUUUCCGCGCGCCUACGACAACAACAUCGAGUGUCUGCUCUACUCGUUCGUGGCCCGCAGAGACCAGAUCGUCGAACUGACUUUCAGGACGUUUGACGUGCAGAAGACGCAUCAAGAUUGCAUUCGUGGUGACCACGUGAAAGCAUUCCUGCAUCUGGAAAAGAGCGGCGAGGUGAACGAAAAGUCGUCGUGGAGUCACGUGCUGUGCGGCGAGCUGUCGGACCUGCCGCACCGACUCUUCAGCACCGGCCACGCCGCCGUCCUCGAAUUCCACACCGACCACAAACCGAGCAACAACUCAGGCUUCAUGGGCACCUUUCGCUUCCUCGACAGACGACUGUUUCUGACGGACGGCCAGAAGGUUCCGGGCACGCAUUGUGACUACGUCUUCACCAGCUCCAAUUUUUCGCUGUCCAAGGGCAAGUUCUUCUCGCCGCGCUUCCCCUCGAGCUACCCUGCCGGCGUGUCUUGCAAUUACCGCUUCACUGCCAGAUCACACGAGCGGGUUCGCGUGGUGUUUGAGGAGCUUAACCUGCAGAAGGGAGAUGUGAGCUGUCUGGAGCGCGAGGACAUUGUGCGAGUGCACGACGGCGCCGUUUGGAUGGCCCCGGUGAUAGCGGCCGAGUGCAACCAAGCGUUCCAGCUCGAGGUUUUGUCGACGGGACCAGAUUUGCUCGUCAGGCUGUCGGCCAGGUCGCCCACGCCUGGCCAGGGUUUCAGGGCCACUUUCGAGUUUGAGGCGAGUGGCGACGACCAACAGCAUCUCGACCCCAAACAGUCAGAGUCCAUGAUGAAUCCAUCACGGGUGAUCAAUGUUCCGAACGUGAGCUCCAGCAAUUUGAAUAAUCCCCCGGCGCCCGGAGCGGCGGCCAGCACGACCUCAGCGGUCAACUGUGAUGUGCUUAUCACGAGCGACGAGGGCAAGAACGGCACCAUCGCGUCACCCAACUACCCUCAACCCUACCCGAGCCGCUCGCUGUGUCGCUACGAGUUCCAGGGCCGCGGCAAGGAGAGGGUGCAGCUCACGUUCAAGGAAUUCAACCUUUACCACGCGGGAGGCGACGAGAACGACUGCGAGUCGUCUGACUCCCUGAAUGCGUAUGUUCACCUAGAAGGUCGUUCGGAGAAGAUCGACAGCUUCUGCGGCACCAACCUGCCGUUGCCGGUGAUGUCCAGCGGGUCAAAACUGUCGCUCGAGUUCCGCGGCCAAAUUUCGUCGCGACACGUGAGAGGUUUCCAGGCGUUUUACUCCUUCACCGAAAAUUUUGGCAUCUCGUCGGGGCGCCAGUUGUCUAGCCACCCGUGCGGCUUCGAGUUCAACAGCACCGAGGCGGCCAACGGCACUUUCUCGUCGCCCAACUACCCUGGCUACUACCCGAGGGACACCGAGUGCCACUACCUAUUUUACGGCAGGCCCGGUGAGAAAGUGCACCUGCACUUCACUUACUUCGACGUCGAGGGUGUCCUGCCGUGCGAGGCAACUUCGGCGAGCGACUACGUGGAGUUUUCAAACUACAUGAGCCGCGACCGCAAGUACUCGCGCUACUGCGGCCAGCUGAAGGGCUUCGAGGUCGAGUCUGACAAGCGUACCUUCCGUGUCACCUUCCGCUCGAACGACAGGCUCGACGGAACUGGAUUUCACGGCACUUAUCACUUCAGACCGGAGAGCGAGCCCAAUCUGCGGAAGCCGUUCAGGAGCAGGGCGGCGAUUACCUCAAGCAGUGGCUUCGUGCUGGUCCUUAUCGUUGUUCUCCAGUGCGGCGGCCGAGCGUGGUGACUUGGUGAAAUAUGGCGCGCAGGAAAAAUUUAAUCAACCAGCAGCAGCAGCAACUCUCACUCACGGAGGUCCUUUGUUAGCGUAAUUCCGACCGCACCACCACCACACCCAUCGUAUGUCAACCAAGACCGGGAUUAAAUGCGUGUGCGCGCGAGUGCAGGCCGAGAGCUGCGUGCGGCCCUUAAUUAUUAACCGGUUAAUUUACUAGGCCCUUUUCAAGCUCACUCACUCUCUCACGUGUAAUCCCAUUUUUCGUCGGGCCUGUCCGCGAAAAUUCGAUCUCCGUUUUUAAUUGCGUUCUCUGUGCGCGAUGAUUUUGGAUGAGCUCGGUGUGUUGAAGCCAACUUGCCAGGGCCGGCCGUUGCCUCGAAUUUAAGCGGCGGGAAAUUGCUCAAAACCCUUUGCACACUUGAUUGCAUUAUUCAUUCUCUGCGGAGCGGCUUUCGAAAAGGUUCUCAAUCAAAUUUCGAGUGCGGCCAACUUCAAUGGAAUACAUUUUAAUUUUUCAUUUCAUGCCAAAAAGAAGUAAAUUAAUUUUCAGACUUUGAAUUUAAGAUACACGGUUGGUCCUGGAUGAAUGCAAAAUCAAAUUUCAUGUCAUAGAAAUUCCUAUCUAGUCGACUUGGUUGUCAAUGUACUGUUUUGUGUACGAUUCGUUUAAACUUGUAGACUUAACAGAGCGAACAAGAUUUUUUUCCAGCGAAAAAUUAUUCCCAUCUCAAGUGUUUGUUCGCAAACUAUUUCCAAUGGACUUCGGUAAGAUUAAGAGAUCUUUGAUAAGCAUAAGAAGAGAAGUUUCCAUUUUCAAUAAAUUUUAUAAAGUAGAGAAUUUAAAAGAGCAGCAAAGAAUCCCUUAUUGCUGCAAAUCCAAUUUUAUUUAUCGUUUGUUUCCCAGACGUAGCGCGAGAAAAAAAUAAAGUUUUUGAGACGUGCGGAAACUUUUACCAAGCUCGGAAAACAAUCUGACUCAUUCAAUGUGACAUUCCAAAAUAACUGGAAGCGGAGCGGAAAAGUAGAAAAUAAGAAGAAGAAGGAAGCUCCGACGUUGGUUUCGGAAAAAGCUUAUUCAAGGACAAAAUAAUGGAAUGCCAAUUUGUUGUAUAACUUUGUAAGCGACUUGUUGUAAAAGGAGAGAAAUAAAAACAAAAGGACG